AAUAACUAGUGUUUUCCUUCUUCUUUCACCACCAGUAGCCAUCAGCCACACUCAAUUGGCCUCCCACCGUCUUAAUAACCAACCUCCACUGCCCACUUCCAUACAAUUUGCAGGCGAUUGGCCUUUUAUGUCCAGCGUUCUAACGGCUUUGCAUCAUUUUGGAGACACUCAUGUACGGUGCGACUGCCUCGAGAAAGCUUAAAACCCCCAAUUGAAUAAAGUCCCACGGGGUGAGGAAAGAGAGAAAAAAUGAAAAACUUCAACGUGGACUCGCCCAUAUCUUCGACCAACAAGUGCACUGGAUCAGGAUCAACAUACCAAUGUCUGCUCUACAGGCCAUCAAGUUCGACCGGGAACUUCUCACACUGUCUGUUCUGGAUCAAUUGCUCCUACCUUAUGCAACAAAGUAUAUUCCAAUCUAUACGAUUGCAGAUGCCUUUGACGUUAUUAAGAGGAUGCAAGUUAGAGGAGCACCAGCGAUUGCCAUUGUUGGCUCUCUUAGUGUUGUCAUUGAGCUGAGUCAUUUUGUGCAGGGGAAGUUUAGAGACCAAGGGUAUUACGAUCUGUUGAACGUCGAUAACUUGAAGUUGCAGUUGAUCAAGAGACUGGAGUACCUUGUCACGUCAAGACCUACAGCUGUUAAUCUGGGCAACGCCAUUUCUGAGAUUACAGCACUUGUUACUGCUUCUCAGGCGACGGGUGUCGAUGGUCUCUUCAAGGAGAUCCUCCAGUUCGGGUGUGACCUUAUCGACGAUGACUAUACCAAUAACGUCAAGCUGGGAGAAAAUGGUAAAAGUUGGAUCUUGAGCAAGUUAGAGUCCGAAGGAUUUGAAGGCGACUUUGGCGUCCUGACCAUCUGUAACACGGGCUCGCUGGCCACCUCCGGGUACGGUACUGCCCUGGGUGUUAUCAGAUCUCUUUGGAACCACUCAAAGGGGGAGCGUUCAGACGAGGAGCCUAGUGGUAAGAGAGCUAAAAAGGCUUUGAAGUUUAGCCGUGCUUAUCCCUUGGAGACAAGACCCUAUAACCAAGGUGCAAGACUGACUGCGUAUGAGUUGGUCUACGAAAAGAUCCCAGCCACGUUGAUUACGGACUCCAUGGUUACGUAUCUCAUCUCCACUUUGAACAAGACAGAGUCUGCAGCUCCUAUUAAGGCCUGUGUCGUUGGUGCCGAUAGAAUCGUCAAGAACGGUGACACUGCCAACAAGAUAGGAACUUAUCAACUGGCCCUUAUCUGUAGACAAUUUGGAAUCAAAUUCCUCGUGGUUGCACCAAAGACCACCAUUGAUUUGAACACCAAACAUGGGGACGAUAUCGUCGUCGAACAGAGGCCAUCUGUGGAGUUACAGAACGUCAGUGGGGGCGUUGUUGAUCCAGACACCGGCGACGUUCUAAAGAACCAUGAGGGAAUCGCCAUCACAGGGAAAGUGGGUGUUGCAGCACCAGGAAUCGAUGUGUGGAACCCAUCGUUUGACAUUACACCACACGAUCUCAUCGAUGGUAUAGUCACUGAGGAUGGUGUUAUGGAAAAGGUCAACGGCGAAUUUGACCUGGGGAGACUCUUCAAUUGACUGGCCCACUUCAAAUAGACCUAUAAAUCUCUCUAUUGGCCCAUGAUUGACACCUAUUCAUAGAUAUCUCUUUGAUAUGACAGUAGUAUAUAUAUAUCGUUGGAACAGCACACAUGUUAUACUCGAGCACGUGAUCUCUCACGUGAUCGCUUAUGUAAUCAUACAGUGCGUGGCUAUACCGGCUUCUCUUUUCGGAGAUUGUGGGCGC